AUGGCUGCUGCAUCAAAAGCUAAAUGUGCGAAAUGCGAGAAAAAUUCUGGUAUACUCACAUGCGAUGGCUGUUUAGAAAGGUUGUGCCGACGAUGUUUCAAUAAUCAUCGUCAAGAUUUGUCAAAACAACUCGACAAUGUUGUUUACGAACACGAUAUGCUCAAACAGCAGCUCGAAACGCCAAACGAAAAUGACUCACAUCGUUUGUUGAAACAAAUUGAUAGAUGGAAGAAAGACUCUAUCGGUAAAAUUAAUCAACUCGCUGAUCAAUGUCGGACUGAUGUUCUUAAGUUGCUAGAUAAAACCAAGGACCGGCUUAUAGAUAGAUUUCUCAAAAUAACGAACGGAGUUCGUAAAGGUAGAGACGAUGAAGAUUAUGAUGAACGAGAUCUCAGCAAGUGGAUGGAUAACUUAAAAGAAUUAAAAAAUGAACUCAUCGAACCAUCGAACUUCCGUGUCGAAGAGGAUAAACAACAAUCUUCUUGGAUUCAAAAGAUCAGAGUACACGACGAUUUUCGCGAUCAAGCAAAAGCAAAAGAUGGUUAUUCAAAGCCACAAUUCGCACCGUUAUCCAGCCAACCAACAGUUGAAACGCAAUUAAAAAAGUCAAGUGUAUCGGAAACCUAUCCGACAAAACUACCCAAGAAAGACAACGAACUUAUAGAAAAAUUAAGGUGUAAUGACACAACAACUCUCACUAUUGGCAGCAACAAUAUAUCAGCUGAUGGGAUAAAAGCAAUUGCAGAAGCCUUGAAAACAAACCAAACAUUAGCAGUUCUUGGUAUUGAGAACAAUAAUAUAUCAGAGGCAGGGGCAAAAGCAAUUGCAGAAGCCUUGAAAACAAACCAAACAUUAACAGGUCUUGGUAUUGAGAACAACAAUAUAUCAGAUGCAGGAGCAAAAGCAAUUGCAGAAGCCUUGAAAACAAACCAAACAUUAACAGAUCUUGAUAUGCCGAACAACAAUAUAUCAGAGGCAGGAGCAAAAGCAAUUGCAGAAGCCUUGAAAACAAACCAAACAUUAACAGGUCUUUAUAUGCCGAACAAUAAUAUAUCAGAUGCAGGGGCAAAAGCAAUUGCAGAAGCCUUGAAAACAAACCAAACAUUAACACGUCUUCAUAUGGCGAACAACAAUAUAUCAGAGGCGGGGGCAAAAGCAAUUACAGAAGCCUUGAAAAUAAAUCAAACAUUAACAUAUCUUGACGUUCAAACCAAUAAUAUAUCAGAUGCAGGGGCAAAAGCAAUUGCAAAAGCCGUGAAAAAGUAUAACAUUAUUAGUGCACUGAAUCUGUUAAUGGGAGACAGCGGCGGCGGACACCGGUCUUGGGAGUCGUAG